AUGCAAACAGAAGUGAAUAAUGUUCCUCAAACUAACAAAGAUUUACAAAUAAUCAAUAAUCCCGAACAAGAAGUGAAUAAUGUUCCUCAAACUAACAAAGAUUUACAAAUAAUCAAUAAUCCCGAACAAGAAGUGAAUAAUGUUCCUCAAACUAACAAAGAUUUACAAAUAAUCAAUAAUCCCGAACAAGAAGUGAAUAAUGUUCCUCAAACUAACAAAGAUUUACAAAUAAUCAAUAAUCCCGAACAAGAAGUGAAUAAUGUUCCUCAAACUAACAAAGAUUUACAAAUAAUCAAUAAUCCCGAACAAGAAGUGCAUAAUGUAUCUCAAACUAAUAAAGAACUAAAACUAAUCAAUUUUCUCGGACAAGAAGUAAAUGAUGUACCUCAAACUAAUAAAGAAUUACAGCUAAUCGAUUUUCUAGGACAAGGAAUGUAUCGUGAUGAAUCAUAUGAUGAUAUUUCAGAACCAAUGGAAAUAAACGAAAAUACCGAGAAUUUUAUCAAGUUUUUUUAAUGGUUGAUUUUAUGUUUAUUUUCCAAUUUUUCUUAUUAUAAUAAAAUAGUUAUUUUUAAUUGAAUGUAAAAUAAAGUAAUAUUUUUAAGCUU